GUCCGUCCCAGGGCCCACACGGUUAACGCCGUUGUCAGUCCGUCCUUCCACCGGCGAUUGGCUCCCCCCCCGCUCAGCCCAGCAGCUAUUUCUCCGCUGUCGGGCUCCGAGGUGGCAGAAGGCGACAGGGAGAGGUGUCCCCUCCCUUCAACCUCGCCACCACUCUCCCCUGGGGGUGUGAGGAGGGUGUCCACACCCCAUACCUGCCCCUGCAAUGGGGGGCUGGUCCCGCAGCGCCUGGAUUUUGCCCCUUUUCUUGGCUGGGCUUGUCCAGCCGGGACAGAGCCAGGAGAGGGAGAAGGUGAAAUGCUACGACUCAGUGCCAGGCACCAUCUACGACUACGGGGCUCUGACCAUCGAUGGGGACGAGUACAUCCCCUUUAGGAACUACGCAGGGAAGAUGGUUCUCUUUGUCAACGUGGCCACAUACUGAGGCCUCACCCUGCAGUACCUUGAACUGAAUGCACUACAAAACGAGCUGGGGCCCUAUGGGCUCGUCGUCCUGGGCUUCCCUUCCAACCAAUUCGGAAAGCAGGAACCCGGCCAGAACUCGGAGAUCCUCCCUGCUCUGAAGUAUGUCCGGCCAGGUGGUGGCUUUGUCCCCAACUUCCAGCUCUUCCAGAAAGGGGAUGUGAACGGGGCCAAGGAGCAGAAGGUCUUCACCUUCCUGAAGAACUCCUGUCCCCCGGUGGCAGAGGAGUUUGGGAACCCCAAGAACCUCUUCUGGGAGCCUCUUCGGAACCACGACAUCAAGUGGAACUUUGAGAAGUUCCUGGUGGGCCCCGACGGCGUGCCUGUCAUGCGCUGGUACCACCGCGCCAACAUCGCCGUUGUGAAGAACGACAUCAUCGCCUACAUGAGGCAGCAGCAGCAGCAGCCGCUGCCACAGGGCCAGUAGAGGCUGGGGCCACCAACUUGCAGGCAGCUUCUCGCCUUUUCCUGCAACGUCCCCAGCUGCUGCAAGGCUGCUCCCUGUACCCAUCCCCUCCUGGGACGCUCCCCAGCAGCAAGCUGGCACACGCCCCCCUCCAUCACUCUGCUCUCUGCCACCCGCCAGCCAGGAUGCUGGGCCACCUGGUGGCAGAGACCUCAGGGAUUGGAGGGGGAUGUUUCCCAAUAAUCCUGUGUUCCAGCUCCACUCCCAGCAGUGUCAUCUCCUCCUGGCCACCAGUUUGUCCCCCUUGUGCCCCCCGCUCUGCCAUCCCACCUUGCCAGGCAGCAAGGGGAUGCAGGGGCUGUCCGCCCCCGGAGCAGAAGACCCCGUCUCCAUGAAGGCUCGGCCCGAAAGCCCCCGGCAGGGGGCGGGCCCGGCCCGAUCCUGCCGGGCAUGGAGCAGCUCUUAGUGCAUUCAAGCUGCCCGUGCUCCCGGGGCAGAGACGUGCUCCUCUCCCAGCCAGGUGCAGUCACAGCCCCUCAUCCCCUGCCAUAGAAAUGCCAAAUAAAGUCUCUGCAAACACA